GCCUAUGUACCGGGUGGGGAGGGGGGAAGCUAGUGUACAUCGAGUUACAGCUGUGGGGUUGUGCGAAACCGAAGUAUGUACCGAGAGAGAGCCAUGACCUGUAUGUACUCUCAGCACCCCCUGAACUCACAAGAAUAAGCUACCCGACUGAAGAUCACGGAAAGCGGACAUACUCGUACACAGAUAUACAGAUGACUGUGAUAAUGCUGCCAGGAGCUAUGGGCACUAUUAAUUCCUGGAAAUGCUCUUAGAUCAUUUGUUAACUGGAUCAUAGAAAACCUAUUGCCGAAAGAACAGUCGCCAUUUGAUUCCUGUAAACCUGCUAAAUUCAUUAUCUCCCAAUGUUUAGAGGUGGAUGCAAUUUUAUGACAUACAUGGAGAGCAGAAUAGCCAUGCCAAGCUAACCAAAUUCUUCAGAUUAAAUCAAAAUUUAUUUAUAUUGGCACUUUUUAAAUACAUUUGUAAUAAUUCUCACCUUACAGACUUACUGUUAAAAACAGUCUUUAUUAUAUAUUUUUAUCCUUUGCAAAUUGUUUAUCGCAAGCUACAUAUGCAAAAAUGUAGCAUCUGCACCCCAUUUAAACAACAAUGCAACGGCUCCUUUUUACUUGUAUAUUAGUGUAAAGCUGGCUGCUAAAGGCUAAGCACACUUGACCCGUUAUUUGUUCUUUUUGGGUAUGAAAAAAAUAAACAUGGGGGAGGACGGGAGUCCCCCAUUAAAAAAAAUUGCCAAGGAAAUGGACAUCAGUAUUGAAGUUCCUAAUGUUGCAAACAAGGUGAUAACUAUAAAAAUGGAAAUAGAUGAUUAUAAAGACCUUUCUGUAGAAGACAGCAAAGAAAAUGUAAAAUCGAACAGUGUGACCCUUGGUGGAGCAUCUAUCCUGAAUCCUGGCCUAAAGCACACCUUGGCACAAUUUAAUCUAAGCAGUCGAAGUUCUUUAGGUGGCCCUGCUGCAUUUUCUGCUCGCUUCUCUCAAGAGAACAUGUCACCUACAGUUUUCUUGCCUCUUCCUUCUCCUCAGAUUCACCCUGGACCACUUCUCAUUCCUUCAGACAGUUCAACUGAGCUUACACAAACUGAAUUGGAAGGGGAGUCUAUUUCCUGUUUCAUGGUUGGAGGUGAAAAGAGACUCUGCCUUCCUCAAGUUUUAAACUCCGUGCUCCGGGACUUUUCGCUUCAGCAGAUAAACAUUGUCUGUGAUGAAAUGUACAUAUAUUGUUCGCGAUGUACUUCAGACCAACUGCACAUAUUAAAGGUUCUUGGAAUCCUUCCCUUUAACGCACCCUCCUGUGGGUUAAUCACACUGACUGAUGCUCAGAGACUAUGCAAUGCUCUUUUGCGACCACAUACUUUCCCACAAAAUGGUAACUUGCUACCUGCAAAAAACUCUUUGGCUCAAUUAAAGGAAACUGGUAGUGCCUUUGAAGUUGAACAUGAUUGUUUAGGAAAGUGCCAGGGUUUAUUUGCACCUCACCUUUACACCCAGCCAGACGCACCGUGCAUUCAGUGUUUGGAGUGUUACAAUAUGUUUUCGACACAGACUUUUGUCCUGCACUCUCACAGGACUCCUGACAAGAGGACGUGCCACUGGGGCUUCGAUUCUGCAAAAUGGCACUGUUAUGUUCAUCUUAGCCCAAAAUAUCUGGAAACCUCUGAUGGGAAGAAGGUGAAAGCCCUUUUAAAAGAAAUGAAGGAAAAGUUUAGGAAGCAAAGCCAACCUAAAAAGUUUCAUCCCAAAGCUGAACAUAUACAAACCUUAGAGUUACCAACAUGGUACCCAGUCAUCAAGCAAGAAGACAUUCCCUCCAAUAGAUCACAUUUACUGCACCCAAGCUAUUAUCUCUACAUGUAUGACAAAGUGGUAGCCCCCAAUGUUUCGCUUACUGCUACAGUGCCACAAGGCAAAGAAACAAAAAUUGUGAAAAGAGAUUUUGAAGGCAAGAAACUUUUGACAGUAGAGUCUGAUAAACUAUUAAAAAGUAGCAAACUUAAACAAACUACCUCAUAUCCUGAUCUCUCCAUAGAGGAGCAAGUAAGAGUAGAUAUGAAAUCAGAGACUCAAAACAUCAGUGAACCAAAAGCCAAAUUACCAGCCAGAGAGAAAAAUGAACUGACAUGCAAUAAAGACACAGUAUGUGACGGCGAUGACAAGGGUCACAUUAUGGAAGAGGUUGUAAAAACAUUCCUGAAACAGCAAGAAAAGCUGAACUACAUCCUGCAAAAGAAGCAGCAAAUUCAAAUGGAAGUUGAAAUGCUAAGCAACUCAAAAGCUAUGAAAGAGCUUACUACGGAGCAGCAGAACUUGCAGAAAGAGUUUGAGUCCUUGCAAGAAGAGCACAUGCAGAAAAUGGAAGAGCUGUAUCAUGAGCAGAGAGACCUGGAGGAAAAACUGAAGCAAGUCAAAAAACAGAAAUGCUCUUGUGACCCCAAUGCAGACAGUGACAAAGAAACCCAGUAUGCAAACCAGCUGACAGAACUACGGCAGAGACUUGAUCAGGCAGAGGCAGACCGGAGAGAGCUCCAGGAUGAACUCAGACGGGAACGAGAAGCCAGGGAAAAACUGGAGCUGAUGAUAAAAGAUCUAAAAAUUCAGAUUUUCAAUUCCUCCAAGAGUGAUAAUGGAGAAUAAGACACACUUCAAAGCCAAGUCAUGAUAAUAGAAACAGGGAUUUUAUUUUGUGAUUGGACUGACAUAGGAGCAGGUUUGCCUGCUCUGUAAUCUAAAUGUUGCUGUUACCUUUCUUUCACAAGUUAAAAGGUGGUGACAUAUUGUGCAUUUUUAAUGCCUUCAGUUGGAUAUUUAGUACAGUCCGUACCAUGCAGGCUGCUCUACUUGCUAAAGGCUUUUUUUUUUAUCUUUUUGCCUUUCAUAGCUUGUAGUAAGUUUUUAUCACAAGCCAACUACAAGUUAUACUGGGCUGCUAUAGUUUUAUUUAUUGAGGGUUUUGCAAACGUCAAUAGCAACUAAUGGGUUAUCACAUAUCUAUGUCCUUUAUAUGAGAUUUACUAUCAUUUCUGUUAUUCAGUGCUGCAUAUUAUCUGCACUUUCUUGCUUCAUUUGGCAAAUUCUAGAUAACCUCACUUUCUAGUAGACCUCCUGGAACAUAUUGCUGCUAUGAUGACUUUUAUAUAUUGGAGUUCUACAAAGUAUUAGUAAGGUUUUUUUUAUUUUUGUUUCUUUUCUUAAAUAAAUCUGUCACUGCUGGAGAACCUA